UUCCAUUUUACACAUCUCUAAACAGGUGCCUGCGUGGAAAUUAAACUUUCAGCUGGAUUUUGUUUCAUUUUUACAAUAAAUAAGAUACAAGCGUAGCACUUGAGAUGGCUGCUGCAUCGCCCGUACGUACCAAUUGGCAUCCCAAUAUGAAACACAGCGACGUGGAGCGCUGGAUCUGUCUUUACCCCGCGUAUAUAAACAGCAAAAAGACGCGUCAGGAAGGCAGGCGUCUAGCCAAAAAUGAAUGCGUGGACAAUCCAACCUAUGUGGAAAUUCGCGAUGUACUUUCAGUAGCUUCCAUGCAGUUUGUCAUAGAAAACAAACAAUAUUGCCGUGAGAAAAGCCGUGAGCUGCAAUUCCGCGGACGAGUACGCGUGCAACUGCGCAACGCCGACGGUUCAUUGUGCAACCCAAACUUCCCAACACGAGAGUCAGUCAUGAAGCAUGUGGCAAGCAAAAUACCGCAGCUGAAGACCCGUCAGAACAAACCCAACGAACCAGCGGCGCAGCAGCAAUCUGGCGGCGGCGGCGGCGCUGCUGCUGCUAGUAGUGCUGGUGGCGGCGGCGGCGGUGGUGGCAAGAAAGGCAAAGGCAAGCGCCGUUGAAUGGUGUGUUGACAGUUGUUAAGUUGGUUCUCUUGUAAUAAAUAUUUGACAAUGUAUAAAAUAAAUCGCAAUGUGUUAAGUUCAA